CAUUGAUUCAAUUAAACCGCAAACGGGUGGUGGUAAAUGGUAUCAAUCACAUAACGAUCAUUUCUAUAUUUCUAUUAAAAGGGAUAUGAAUACGGCUGUGCAUUUGAAUCCGAUGACGUUUUGAUGACUUCAGUAGGUCAUUUGAAUAACCCCACCUGUUUCAUGCAAUUGGAUUGGAGGUUGUUAGCGAGUGAGGCAAAUAAAUUGAGCAUUGCCUUGAGGUUUUGGUUAAUUGUGUGCACGGAGAGUAGGAAUAAGGAAUUGUUCUUUUGUGGCUGAAUCAAGCUGUACAUUUAUCAGGUUGACGCCAUUCUUAAUCCCUCUUGGUUCCAAGUAAUAUCGAAGAUUAAAGGCUCCUUUGAACCGCACUGAUCUAAAUUCCUUCUAAUUUGUAAUGUAGUUAAGAGACGGUCCAAAGUAUAUGAAUGUUUUGACGAAGAUUUCAAACGGCGCCUUGGAUUCCUGAAAAGACAUAAGUUCGAACAAAACCCAACACAUUAUAUUAACGGUUUAUAAACAAAACGAAUUAAGCUGAGACCUGAGACCUGUUUGCGAUUAGUCAUAAGAGAGAUAUAGAGUGAUUACCGAAUAAGGAAUACCGCUCGAGAAAAAAAGUGUGGAAAAGGUGUAGAUAACGGUGCCCGGAGUCAUUCCUAAAGAACAAUCAUGAAUACAACGAAUGGUUCUGUAGUAAAGCCUAAUGGAACUUCCAGUGUCGGUACCUAUUGUGUCAUAACUUACGAUAGCAACACCGCCAAGGCCAUCAAAAUUGUGGCACUCUCAGUACUAAUGGUCAUUUCUUUUGUCCUUAAUUCCCUUGUGAUUGCAGUCUUUGCGAAGACUCCCAGCCUACAGCGAACUGUUAACUACUUUUUGGUCAACAUGGCUGCGUCUGAUCUGCUCAUUUCAAUUGCUGCGAUUCCGAAGGACAUACUGGAACUAAGCUCUGGAUCAACGUAUUGGCGAGUUGGCGGAGACUUUGGCCACUUUCUUUGUAUUCUUCAGUCUUUACUCGUUGAUAUAUCGGCAGUUGUUUCUAUCUUAAGCAUGACAUGCAUCACUAUUGAUCGCUUCUGUGCGGUUAUGAUGCCGUUAAGAGUGAAUCUUGUCCCGGGUAAAGUCCGAGGUUUCAUCAUCGCCUUAAUCUGGGUUCUCUCAGUCGUCAAUUAUUGCUACUAUUUUUACACGUUGCGUCUUGACAGCGACAACCAGGGGAAUUUCAUCUGCUGGAUGAGCUUCGCACCUCUUGAUAACACCAAGAUGUCUACCAUUGUAGUGACCUACGUAGCUGUUCUGUUCGGCUGCGUUCCUUGGAUUCUUGUUGCCAUUCUCUACGCCGCCAUGAUAGUCGGCCUCAAGCACGCUAGGAUACAAUUCGAAGCAAACGACCAGAAUAACGUUCGGCUAACCAGAAGCACAAGUGUGACGAGGCAAGCGUUUGUGAUAGUGCUGGUCUUUGGUAUUUGUUUUUUCCCGAUGAGCGCUAUAUUCCUUGUGAUUGCACACGUCUUCCAUUUUGGCUGCUCCCCGCCUUACUUUGCCCAUCUGUACUUUGCGGCCCAAUUCUUGAUGCUCUCUAACGCCGCGCUAAACCCAUGCGUUUGUCUCUUCUUGAGCGAAAACUACAGAAAUGGCCUGUGGAAAAUCUUAAAGCUCAAUAACCUACGACGAGUUUACCCUGGAUUUGCCUUGGAGGAAGUACGCGAGGAACCUGUGACGAGAGUAACGUAACGAAACUUCGAAACUGAGCUAUUGCUCGUUUGCCAGGCUUGAUCGGUAGAUGAAGAUUGUUUUGUGAACAAACAUCACAAAAGUCAUCAAAAAAGUAUUUAUAGCAUCAUAGCAAAUCUAUAUCUGUAUAAGGAACAAAACGUAGAAUCCAUAUCAAAAGCUGACACGUGUAUUUGUGAACAAGUCGUUUUUUGCUGCCUUCGUAGAGAAAGAAAAUUUAGAUGCAUUUUCUCGAGAAUUUUUAAAAAGUAUUCAACUUUCCAUCUAUCCUCUUUUAACAUAUAUUUAAGAAGGUUUGUGGCGCCAAAAGCGAUAGGCAGUAGGCAAUAGUAUAGCAAAUAGGCGAAAAGCGAUAGGAGGUAGGUCAUUCCAAGAUCCAAGAAUAGCUGGAAUGACUUGUGUUUCUUAGGGGGGUAUUACUCUCUUCAAGAACACGGGGAUUAGUGUUGAGAUAUUCAGUGCUGUUUGUAGCCGAUAAAACCAUUUUACCGAUAAAACCAUAUUAAAGGCCUCGAUUAUUCGUGUUUAGUUGUAUCCCCAUAAUUAUUUUCCAUUCUGGAAUGACCUAGGUUCCUAUCUCUAAUGGCUCUUACAACCUCUUUGAAUAGAUAUAUACGUGAUUCGGCUAAAGUGUCUUUGAACCGUUUCUUUGAAGAUAGCAAACAAAAUGCCAAAAAGUGCUUCAGUUUUUCAAAAUGUGCCGGAACAGAAAAUUUCCGUUCGCCGUCAACUUUGACCUGCUAUUUAUAUUACUGUUCCGUAGUUCUUGAGAAUCUUGAGAAAACGGAGCAUGGCGUUGACCAUAUUUUUCUUCGUUCGAUGUUGAGCUAUCAUAAUAACUGAAAAAAAGUAAUUUGCAGUAUUGGAGUAAGAAGUCAUUAAGACAGAAUGGAAGCCUAAUGCGCGUGUUAUCAUUGAUGGGCUAAAGAUAGCGGUGCGCGUUCGAAGACCUAUAAGGUAAGACUGAUUUGUAUCUAUAUAUUAAUCCUAUUUAUACCACGGAAAAGAUACAGUAGAAUUUAGUGCAAGCUAGAAGGGUUAUUGGGGUGGGAUCGGAAUUGUGGUAUUGAUAUGGGAUUAAGUGAAUGAAAGUGGAUGGAAUGUGAAUGGGAUGAAAUUAUAAUUGAAACAAGCGGAAGAGGGAACCUUCCAAUUCAAAUAAAACGACUGAUAUCAAGAAUGAAUGGACAAGAGAAAAAUAGCAACGGAAGAGAGGAGAAAUACCAAAAAACAACGAUAGGUUAAAUGAAAAACGACUGAAUGAAAUGGAACUAAUCAGGCACUUGGCAAGAGAACAAAAAGGCGGUACAAAAGGAUUAAAGAAUGCGAAGAAGAACGAAAAAAAAAGUAAGAAAGUAAAAGAUGCAAAAACAUAGGAAAGCAAAAAUGAAAUUCAGAAAAAAAGCCAAACUUGUAUUUCUAAAUUUCUUAGAAGACACUUAACCCAGUAUAAGAAAAUUAGUUUUCAUUUUGGGGUAUAUAGUUGAUCAGAUGUAUAUAAUUAAUGUACGAAUACAUAUAUCACAGCCGAAAUAAUAAUGAUAUUCCUGUAACACUAUCGUAAGUGAAUUAGAUUUUGAACCGCGUUUUAACAAGUGUGAGCGAGCUUCGAAAGCAAGACAAGGAUUCAUUUAACUUUCUCCAAAAUCUCCCAUAUAGCAAUCCAUUUAUAUUCCUGUAACACUCUCAUAACUUGUUAUAUUUUGGACCACUUAUGUAAGUGUUCUAACAAGUCUCAGCGAGCUUUGAGAGCAAGACAAGGGUUUUAACUUGCCCCAUAGCCUCCCAUUCAGCGAUCCAUUUACAGCAUUAAUGAGUAUAGCUUACAGGAAAUUAGUUAGUCAUAACAGCUUGAUAAAGAUCUUAGAAGACAGAAAAAGUGGCCCUGAUAUACUAUAUACAUACUAUUUUCAGUGUUGAAUAAAAGGUAAACAGAUUUCGUUUGGAUCAA